AUGCAUGUUGGACCGGUUGGGAGUGUUCAUAAUAAGGCCAGAGAAGCUGCUACAAAUUUGAUGAAUCAAGCUACACAUACUGAAACGGCAGUGAGCAAACACUCCGACCAAGCUCGUAAGGCUUAUCGCACAUGCUUGAAUGCAUCAAUCAAGUGCACUAAGUUUUUAUUGCGACAAGGUCUUCCUUUUCGUGGCCAUAAUGAAAGUGUCACUUCAAGCAAUAUGGGAAAUUACAUGGAGCUAUUGCAAUUCCUUGCAGAUAAUAAUGAUAAAGUUAGAGAAGUUGUGAUGGAAAAUGCUCCGGGGAAUCUCAGAUUAGUAGCUCCUAGCAUUCAAAAAGAAAUUGUGAAUUCAUGUGCCCUUGAAACACUUGAUGCUAUCAUGGAUGGUCUAAAAGAUAGAUUCUUUUCAAUAUUUGUGGAUGAAGCACGUGAUGUGUCGGUGAAAUAG